ACUAGCAACGGCACGGCGGCCACGCGACCAAUCGUCAAGAUCGUGGGCAACUCGGAUCCACCGGCGGCUUCUCGCCGUAGUCUGACGGUGGCAACGCGUCUGAUUGAUCGUAUUCGCCUCCGGCCUUGCCGUGAACGGUUGCACCCAUCUGGGUCACACAAUGAUCGCUCUUCCCGCGAUAAGCAUAAAUUCCGGCCGUGUCUCCGGCUAUGGCGAAAUCCAAUCGUAUCGUCGAAAUGCGCGGCGGCUGAGCAUGGGGCUACCCCGAACCACCUGCCUGACAAGUACUUGAGCGAUGGGAUUGGUCUCGAAUUGACGGAGACGGCGACGGCGGUGGAUGGGAAGGCGGAGGAAGGGAAAUUGUUGAGGAAUUUGAUAGUGAAUUUGCUGAGUUUGAGGGCGCCUGGCAUGGUGAGAGGGCAUAAAGGUUCGAUUUUGUGGGCACGAAAAAAGGCUCAUAUUAGCGAAGGAGGGAGGCUUAUGUUAGCGGAGCUG